CUUAGUUGUCAGUCUGGCUCCAGGCUGUUUAUGAACUGUAUACUAAUCAGCCAUUCCCAAUGGUUCAAGUACAUGUAGAUCCACAUACAAUGUGAAGUAAUCCCUGCGACUCGUAGGCCGUUUCAUAGUGCCGGUAGGUCCUCCUGCGCUGCAAUGAGACCGGAUGAAGUAGGUCACGGGAUAGAUCUCAGAUGAUGGAGUUCAAAGUUGACACCGCAGCACCACCAUCUGUGUACUGUUACCGACGUCUUAGUAACUCUUAGACUAUGGCCUGUGAGCCUGUGUCAAGACUAGACAUGCACGAGUACAAAACUCAAGGCAAGAGUGCAUAGCUCUUGCACUCUUGGUGCCAUCGUUCCCACGGUCAUCACUCGGACCUGCGGCUGAUGGGAAGUGCUUCUCUUCAAGUGAUCCUUCCUCCACUGGCGACCUGAGCAUAGCUAGCAAGUAAGUAACAGUUGAUUGGAGUACUCACUGGAGUCAUUCCACUCCACUCGACAUCUCUUCUCCAACAUGAUUCAGACUGUGGCGUAUGCAAGAUCGGCAGCCACGAGGAUCAGAAUGGGUGGAGGAUAUCAUUCUGCGGAUACCGUGCACCAGCACCGCACUGCGAAGAUAGGACUGUGGAGAGUAGUACCAGGGAGUCGUAUUUUACGACUCCCUGGUUAGUACAGUCAUGUACUAGUACUAGAGUAGCUGAGUGACUCACUUCUGUCAAGUUCUGAGCAGCAAGGCAAGACCACCAGCGAUUAGCGAGUCGUACAAUCAUGCAGUCAUCUAGUGGUACUUCUUCGCUAUCUUCUACUACUACUAGCUUGUUGAUGGGUGUGGUGUUUUAAGCUCUCUGCCAGAACGAUGAAGGCGCAUGUAGCGAUGGGUGGCUUGCGAGCGUGGUGCUGUCCGACUGACUAUCCACGCUACCAAUUCCAUGGGUAGAAAUUACACAGCUCUUCCGCACCAGGACUUCAUGGUACUACGGUGUGCAGCAGCUAGAAGCAUCGGAGAGAUUCCAACAGGAUACGUCUCUUCUCCGUGCUUUCUUUGAUGAAUGUAACAGUCUUCCAAGUGCCAGUGCUCUUCUGUUCGUCAGUUUCCAACCCGCUUUGUUGAUGCACCAACUGCUGCUGCUGCUGCUCAAACUCUUCACCCGACGACACCGUUCAGUUGCGACCAACACGUGCGUGUACUUUGGACUUUGAACCGCGCAAAUCAUGGCUGGAAUGACCAAAGAAGAGCUCAUGAAGCACGUGUAUGUACGAUGUGCGGAGUGCGAGGAGUACAUCACAGACCAGAUUAUCCGUCUGGAGGGCAAGCCGUACCAUGGCCAUUGCUUCUUUUGCCAGAGUUGUCAGAAGGAACUGAAUGGAGAGUCUUUUGUGCCACCCAGCGAGGAUCAGCCGGAAGUAUUUUGCGUGGAGUGUCAUCAGCAGCGGUUUUCUCAGCGCUGUACCAAGUGUGGGAAAGCAAUACUUCCAGAGAAGGGAGAAUCUGAAUCCAAGAUGCUGGUGUUCCUCGACAAGAACUAUCAUAUCUGCUGCUUCAAAUGUCAGGAUUGCAGCUGCAGUCUACGCGCAAGCGACGGCGAAGGCGAGGGCUGCUUUCCUUUCCAGGGUGCUCUCCUCUGUCGUACAUGCAAUCAGCUACGAGUCGAGGAGUACACACGGCCAUAGUGGCGGUAGUUCUCACCAGCACUGUGCAUGGUUUUACUCCUACUGAUGUGUAUGCAUACCAGCCCCAGAGGUUGCACCAUGCCCUCAUCGCUUUGUACUCCUGUGGAAUACAUCAUAAACCAGAAACAUUCGAUGAGUAUUGACGUACGUGUAUUCAUAAAAGCGCAUCCAUUUCUAAUGUUCACCAUUGACAUCAUUAUGAUUCAUGUUAUAAUUACAGUAUUACACAAUAUGCAACAAGCAGAACACGCUACAUUUUAUUCCA